AUGCCGAAAAGUGUCAGUAACCCCGGAGAUAAACAGGCAGCACCCGAUGCUAUUGCUAAGACAGACUGGACUAAAUGUGCCAUUUGCCAGCAAAACAAAGUAGAGCCUUUACGGUGUCCCGCAGAUUCCAAGCGCUCGUGUGAUGUUGGAUCAGGCUACAAGACCUUGGCUGGGAAUAAAACGAAGUUCAUGGAUCUCGAUUGCGUGCCUAUACAGGUAGAUCUUUCACGGCUAGAUGAAGGUGAAGGAUUGGAGAAUACGUUCGUAAGGAGGAAAGCACGCUGGCACAAAAGUUGCUACGACCUCUUCAAUUCUACGAAGUUAAAACGAGCAGAAAAAAGACAGGCGCUUGAAAGUGAACAGCCGGUUGGUGGAAAGUAUACACGUUCAGCUUUGCCUGCAUCUCUCGACAAUUGCGGUACAUGCUUUUUUUGUGAAGAGUAUUCUACUCGUAAUAACCCUCUUCACAAUGUCUCAACAUUUGGCUUAGAUGCUCGUGUCAGGAAGUGUGUGAUGGUAUUGCAGGAUGAAAAGCUUUUGGCGAAGUUAAGCGCUGGCGACUUGGAAGCGCUAGAGGCUAAAUAUCACGCCCCUUGUUUAGCAUCACUGUAUAAAAAAGCUGACAGAGUCAAAGAGGAAGACGAAGAAGAUGAGACAAGCCCUCGACUACCGGAGGGUAUCGCGCUUGCGGAACUAGUUUCCUUUAUUGAAGAGUCACGCAUGGUCAGUACUGCAGAGCUACCAGUUGUCAGACUUGCCGAACUUGUGGAUAAGUAUACAUCCCUUUUGAAACAACUUGGAGAAAACACACCUGCACGCAUUCACACUACAUGUCUAAAAGACCGCAUUCUUUCACAAAUUCCAGCUCUCGAAGAACACAAGCAAGGACGUAAUGUAUUUUUGGCCUUCAAAACGGAUCUUGCCAACGCACUACAGAAAGCUCAUAAGGAAGACAGUGAUGAAGAAGCAAUGCACCUUGGCAAAGCCGCAAUAAUUGUGCGCAAAGAAAUGUUCACACAGAAAUACACAUUUGACGGAUCUUUCGAAUCGAACUGCCAGGCGAACUCCGUUCCACCAUCACUGGUAUCUCUUGUCAAUAUGAUUCUCUAUGGUCCUAACAUUGAAAUGCAAGCAAGCACUUUAACCAAGUCUCAAUCUGGUCUUACCAUCUCUCAGUUGCUACAGUACAACAGCUACCAUCGCCGUAGCAGUGGAGAAGUUAAGCGGGAGCGAAGAAAUAAAUCUCGCGAGACACUGCUUCCCAUUUUUGUAGGACUGUCUAUCCAUGCCAAGACCCGAAGUCGCGAUAUUGUAGAAAACAUGCACACCCUGGGACUUAGUGUUUCGUAUGACAGAGUUCUUUCCAUUUCUACUGAUUUGGGUAAUGCUGUUUGCCAUCGCUAUCAGGAAGAAAACUUUGUGUGUCCAUGUAAUCUUCGAUUAAAUCUGUUUACGGCAGCCGCUGUGGAUAACAUUGACCACAAUCCUAGUUCUACAACUGCACAAGAUUCAUUCCACGGAACAGGAAUCUCGAUGUUUCAACACACAACUAAUGAAAUACCAGGCAGUUCUCCGGGAUGCGUCAAUAUCUCACAAACCACAGCUAACACAAAAUCAGUGGCGGAAUUACCCGUUUCUUACACAGAGGUGGCGCCUGCAGUUCUUCCUAACAAAACCCCUCUAGUUCCUGAAACAAGCAGCCAAUUACAAGGAGGAAGUACCGUUAAUCGUGCAAUGGAAAAGGAACUAGACUGGCUUGAGGAUGUCAAUGGCACCAUUAAGAAUCACCCAAGUCAGCAUAUCACUCCACUACAGAUCAGCAACGGAAUCGGGCUGGUCUGUCCGCCCUGUCUGCACCUCUGCCUCUUUUUCCCGACCAAGCUAAGUCCGUGGCAAUGAUCCGGCAUGCAAUGGAUGUCAUCAAAGCGUGUGUAAACUACCUUAAUCCUGGUCAAGUUCCCGUUGUCGCCAUGGAUCAGCCACUGUACGCUGUUGCCAAACAAAUACAAUGGAACUGGAAGGAUAGCUAUGGAGAGAAUAAGUUUGUCAUCAUGUUUGGUGGUCUCCAUAUCGAAAUGGUCUUUUUGAAAGUUAUUGGUGAUUGGCUGGACGAGAGCGGAUGGACAGCUGCACUGGUAGAAGCUAACGUUGCCACACCUGGGACAGCAGAAUCAUUCAUCUGGGCCACGAGCGUUACACGUUCACAACGAGCUCAUCAAGUAACGGCCAGCAGCCUUUACGUGUUACUGCAAAAGGCAUAUGCGAAGUAUUCAGAGGGUCUCAAUGAUGGAGAUGACCUUCUUCUUUUUGAUGAUUGGUGUGCUCAACAAGUAUCUGCGGUACCCCAAUUCCAGUUCUGGUAUAUCGCCUUGCAGCUUGAGCUUUUGCUGUUGGUCUUCAUUGGAUCGCUUCGUCAAGCCAACUUCAAGCUUUGCAUUGACACUCUCCACAAGAUGUUGCCUUGGUUUUUUGCACUCAAUCACACUAAUUAUGCACGUUGGCUUCCCGUUCAUCUUCGGGAUAUGAGUGCACUUCAGCAGACAGCCCCAGGUGUCUUCCUUCAGUUUGAAAAGGGGUUGUUCACAGUCCACAAGACCCCAAGGCGGUUUUCUGCUAUUGCUAUCGAUCAGGCGCACGAACAGAACAAUGGGAUGGUCAAAGGAGAUGGUGGGGCUGUGGGCCUUACUGAGAACCCUAGUGCUCUCCGUCGAUGGAUGAUAUCAGGGCCGGAAAUGGCAAGACUUGUGAGCGAGUUUGAAGCUUCUAUGACAACAGAGGUCGAAUUUCAAGGAGCAGAUCACCAUGAAGUACAAAGAAGCUUUCAAGUGUCAUUUUUCAAAGACGUGAAAUCCCUAGUUACAACGAUUGAGGAUUUUGGUAACCCUUUCCUGGAAGAAAGUGAAGACCUUAUCGUUCUGGACACUAAGGAAAUUGCUGGGCAGCUUCAGUUACAAUUCUACGUCAGAUAG